AAUCCAUUUAAGAGUAAAAUAUUCAAACUAUAUUACCCUGCUAUCAUAAGUAACCACAGGUCAGCAUGUGUCAGUAACAGCAUAUUAAGUGAUUUGGAAAUAGAUUUAUAAAACCAUAGACGGUAAUGCUUUUAAGAUGUCUAGCCAUAAUUAAUCCAAAUUAAAUUAAACUAUGUGUACUGUGAUGGGCUGACAUCCUAUCCAGGGUGUGUCCUGCCUUGUGCCCAGUGAUGGACUGGCUUGCCUUCCAGAUUCUAUCCCAGCCUUGUGCCCCAUGCAUUCUGGGAUAGGCUCCAGGUCACCUGGACCAAGAUAAGCAGUUAGCAGUUGGAUACAAUUCAACUACAAAUACAGUAAGCAAGUUGUACCAAAAAUAUCCAUCUUUUAACAGCUCAGUUGUCAGUUUUCUGGGAUGUGACAGAACAUCUGUUCUCAGUGCCAUCUUUGGGGGUUAAAAGAUCAAGGUGUUUCAUUUUUUUCAGAAAAUUAUGUUAUGGUCUGAUAAUGCGAGUUCACACGUCACUGAAUCAAGCACAUGUUUAGCUUGUGACAGCAUUCAUCCCAGAGUUUUGUAGCUACAUUCUUGUGGCUUUUCAUACUGAUAAUGGACCUGGAAUUCUUUUUUUCCAAAGGUCCAAUCAGAGACUGACAGGUUUCUAAUGGGAGUCUGGUAUCCCAGGCCUCAUGUGGCAUUGAAAUCGUUACUGAUUUCGUCUUUGAUAUUAAUCAGUCAUCUUUCAUUGCUUUAAAUGGCAAAUCUUUGAGAACCACCUCACAAGAAAGCGACUUGCCAUUUUGAAGAAAUUGGAUUUUUCUUUUAUCGCCGGGCUGAAUGUCUCACCUUCGUUGGUGAGCCGAGGGGAGGCCCGCUUUUAAUUUCCCAGGUGUGGGACGUGGCUGGACCAUUGCCCUGUCGAACCCAGAGAUCAGACAUCUUGUCCUAACAUAAGACUGUGGGAAUCAAACUCAGGUGCAGAUCGAUUGAGUUUGAAACAUUUAUGAAAGUGACAUCUGAUUGCAGGCCUAUAACUACAGUCACAUCUGAUUAUUCUGGCAAUGAGAUUUGCCUUAACUGAGUACGGAAAAAAGGACAGGCAACAUCAGCAGGCAGCCCUCGGGUCUUUUCGAAUGCAGACUUGUGAAGGGAAUCAAGUCGAAAGGAGUUUGGUAAUCUAUUGUGCAAGGCAAGGGUAGCAGGCACUUUGUCGGACAGCCCUCAGGACGCUGCCACAGAGCAUGUUUACCUUUAGUCAAGGUUUGUUGUGGCUGCCGUUUUCUGAUUGGGCCCAGAGGCAGGAACCUAAGAUUUCUGUUCUGCACCUUUGCCCACUUCCUGUGCACCUGUGGGGAACCACUGGAGGUUGGUGCCAUCACUCGUUUGAAGACAUGUACAUGAGCACAUCAGAAUCGAGCCAGGACUUCCCGUCAUCGGGCCAGGAGAGUGCCAUCCAGCGACAGCCAAACACGAAACUGACGGGAGCCACCUGGAAACAGGACAUGGACUGUCCCCGGCCUCCAUGGUGUUAUCCUGUACCAAGCCUCGGCGACGAUGACUUCAAUAUCCCCCCCAUCACCCCUCCAACCCUGCCAGAGCACGCUUUAGUCCACAUGCCAGAGUCGGAGCCCGGAGGCUACCACCUCCUGUGCCCCCCUGUUUCUCAAAAUGGACUCAACCCCUUCCACCCUCAGAACAUGGACCUUCCCGCAAUCACCGUGUCCAACAUGCUGAGCCAGGAUGGGCCCCUGCUUUCCAAUUCCUUAUCAAUGAUGCAGGAAAUGGCAAACUCAGACUCGCCCCGAUACAACAGUCAUGCGCAGAUGGAAACCCCCAGACCCAGGAUCCAAUCAGUUGUGAUGCAACAUGGUCAGCUGUCCACGAUCAACCAGUCACAGCUCAGCGCACAGCUCGGCUUGAGUGGGAACAACAUUACCCACAAUUCCCCAUCACCCCCUGGAAGCAAGUCGGCGACCCCUUCACCAUCUAGUUCAGUACAUGAAGAUGAAACCGAUGAGUCAUUAAAGAGCAACGGCGCAGAGAAGAGGCCUGCGGUGGAUAUGGGGAAGAAGCCGAAGACGCCCAAGAAGAAGAAGAAGAAGGACCCCAAUGAGCCGCAGAAGCCGGUCUCCGCCUACGCUCUGUUCUUCCGCGACACGCAGGCGGCCAUCAAAGGCCAGAACCCUAACGCCACCUUCGGCGAAGUUUCCAAGAUUGUGGCCUCUAUGUGGGAUGGUCUGGGUGAAGAGCAGAAGCAGCUGUACAAGAAGAAGACCGAGGCGGCUAAGAAGGAGUACCUGAAGCAGCUGGCGGCGUACAGAGCGAGCUUGGUGUCCAAGAGUUACAGUGAACCUGGGGAGGUGAAGACGUCCCAGGCAUCACAGAUGCUGGGCCCCAAGCCUCCACUCUUCCCAGGAGCCCCCCCCGUCCACUCAGGGCUUUACUUGGGCCCCCCGUACCACCCGCAAGCCACCAUGAACCCCUCCCACCUGCCAGGUCUGCACCCAGGCCUGCCCCGCAGCAUUGCCCCCAAGGCCAGCGCCCCCAUGCCUGUAUCCAUGGCCAGGAUGCCGGCGUCGCCACCCCCGCAGCUCCAGAUCAGCCCCCCCCUACACCAGCACCUGGGCCUCCCUCCAACACACCAGUCUAUUGCCAUGCAGCAGCAACAGCAGCCGCAGCUGACCGGCCACCAGAUGGCGCUGCACUCUCCAUCUAUGCCACAGCAGGGAUUUUCCCUACAGGGAGAGUUCCAGAACAUCCUGGGCUGCAACUCUCCCGGUGGCCAGGCGGCGUCCCCGGUGAUGGAUUACAUGCGGAAUUGUAGGAACCCCCCUGCACAGAGUGUGGAGUGGAGCAGCGAGUACUGCAGUAACGGAAACCUGCCGAGAGACAAAGCCCUGUAUCUCACUUGAUCAGGAGAUGGGAGUUUCCACGGAAAUCCCCCAUCACCUUCUCACGUUGGAAGCAGACCUUCAUUUUUGCAGAAAAUCCAGUCACUGAGCACUUACGACUUCAUAUCUUACACUUGAGAUUUUUCCAGGUCAGCCACGAACGGAAUUCAAAAAACAAAAUGCAAGGACUUUCUUUUUCUGGAAAAAAUCUAAACGAAAACAAUUUGAUUGCACGAAACAGGGACAGGAAGGGAAAUUUGGAAGAAAAUGCUCACUUCUGACGGUUAUUGCUAUGGAGUUUCCCUAGCAAAUGGGCUUAGAAUCUGUAGUUUUUUUUUUUCAGGAAAGAAAUUGUAGUUUUCUGUUAUUCUUUUAAAAGUCAGGGUUGAAAGUGAUCUCUGAAGACUUUUAACAGCUUUUUAUAGCCAACAUAGCAUCUCUGUAAAUAUAUUUGACCUUACACUCUUUUAGAGUAUAAAAAACAUUUAAGUAUGGUGCGAUUUAAUCAAGACAAGCUUGCAUACGUCUUUAACAGGGGCGUUAAAUUAAAAAUAUUUUUUGCCUAAUUUUAAGAAGUAUUCCAACUGAGAAAUGAUUAUAUUUUACAAACAAAAAAAAAUGUAACCUGGUUCUCAAAAAUGAUUAUAAAAAUCUGUUGACCCACAAAGUAGCAUGAGUUAUCUGAAGAGGCAGGAAAAGGAGAAGGAAUCAAAAGGAAAGAAAGUUUAUUUUGUACUACAUAGAAAAGCCUUUUUGUAUCAAUUGUUGUGUGUUAAUUAGUAAGUGUCCCUCAAACUCUGUGUGGAACAACCAAUGGCUUCUGUGAUGUUAAAUAGACACAGUGACAGACUGAAAACUACUAAAUUAUAAAUCGGGCACAUCUGUGUAUUAUUAUUAUUAUUAUUAUUAUUUUUAUUUCUUGAUAAUAAGGCUAUAUUUAAUCUUUUUUUAAGGAACCGUUUUUUCGCUUGUUUACGAUAUAAUGAAAUAUAGGUGGUUGUAAGUAACUAUGUUAGCACCAAAAGGACAUUUUUUCUGUUUAUUUUUGGACAAGUGGAUCCAGGCAAACUAUGUGAAUAUUAUUAUUUAGUUUUUAUUGUGUUUCCAAAAAAAUAAAUAAAUAAGUAAAACCUG